GUUCCAUGUGUAACUCUUUUCUAGGUUCUCCCUUUUAAUGCAUGUCGACGUUCAAAAAAAAAAGAAAAAAUAUAUAUUUUUCUAAUACACAUAGAAUAUCUCCAACGGUCAGAAGAUAUCCAGUGGCAUUGUUGUAGAUCGAAAAUGUGAGCUUAAUUAAAGGUUCGAACAAACAGUCAACUUUCAGCAACACUAGACAUCAUGAAUACUUCAGAACACCCAUCUCUCCCUUUCCUCCUUCUAGUAGUACUACUGCUGCUACCCGCCGCAUACUCCAUCGGUGUCAACUACGGUACCCUCGGCGACAACCUUCCACCACCCUCUGAAGUUGCUCACUUCCUUAAAACCAGCACCACCAUCGACCGCAUCAGGAUCUUCGAUGUCAACACCACCAUCAUCAAAGCUUUUGCCAACACCGGCAUCCUCGUCUCCGUCACCGUCCCCAACGGCGAUAUCCCUUCGCUUACAGACGCCCGCAACGCCCGCCGCUGGAUCGAUGCCAACAUCAAGCCGUUCUACCCCGCCACCAAGAUCAACUACAUCUGUAUGGGCACCGAGGUUCUCCACUGGGGCCCACAACCCCUCAUCGACAGCCUUGUUCCGGCGAUGAAGGUGCUCAAUGCGGCACUCGUUAAAGAAGGGUUUAACGAGAUCAAGAUUUCUAGCCCACAUUCGCUGGGUAUACUUCUUUCAUCGGUUCCACCCAGCAACGCUUCUUUCCGACCCGGAUGGGAUGUGGGUACUUUAAAGCCAAUGCUUGAGUUCUUAAAACAAACAAAAUCCGGGUUCAUGGUUAACCCAUAUACAUACUUCGGAUACUCUCCGUCGAAUGCCAACUUCUGUCUCUUCAAACCCAACGCCGGAUUGUUCGACAAAGCUACCGGAAUAACGUACACAAACCAGUUUGACCAACUGAUGGAUGCGGUGCACGUGUCGAUGAAGAAGCUUGGUUACCCAGAUGUGGAAGUCGUGGUGGCGGAGACAGGGUGGCCGUCAGGCGGUGACCCGGCGAACCUCCACGCUAAUCCUGUAAAUGCGGCAGCUUAUAUUGGUGGGUUGAUGAAGAAAGUUAACUCCGGCGACGGAACGCCAUUGAUGCCGGGGCGGAAGUUCGAGACGUACAUCUUUGCUUUGUUCAAUGAGAAUUUGAAAGGGCCGUCGUUGGAUGAGAAGAAUUUUGGGUUAUUCCGACCCGAUUUCACUCAGGUCUACAACGUUGGUAUAAUGCACGCGCCACAGGCUCAAGCUCCGUCUCCGUCACCAUUGGGUGCCGCCUCUGCUUCAGAUGCACCUUCCUCCUCCGCGAGUCCGUGGGACGAUGCUCCAUUCUUUAAUAAAAGCAAGCCUUUGACCGGCUCCCCAGUGCAAGCUCCACCCACUUCUUCUAACACCAACGCAUCUGCCACCACAAAUACCGCAUCUCCUGGUGCUGCCAACCCGAAUGUAAAUUUUGCCGCCAAGUCCAUGGCGGCUUUCAUCUUAGCCAUGAUUUUGCUGGUGUAGGUUGUAACCAUAUUGUUCGGUCUUCAUAACAUUUUGGGGUUUUUGCGGCUUACUGGAUUACUUGACGAAAUUAGAGAUCGUCAUAUAUUUUUUUUACAUAGAGUUGUAAUUCGAC